AAUUGUUAUCAUUGUUUCAAUUUUAUUUUAUUCAUUGAAUUGCGUUGAAUCUCUUGAAAUUCCUAUCAUUACUAACAUUUAGGAUAUAAUAAGGCUUGCUCACGAUGUUGGUGAUAUAGUAUCAGAAAAUAUUCCACUUCGGAAUUUGUCCCUUACUCAAGAGGGUCCAAUGACUGACGUAAUGGAAAAAAUUAACGGUAUCACCCGGCGAAUAGAGAAUCAAGAUACAGAAUUAAAUACCAUACUGGCAACAAUGAUUGCUCAAAUUUCAUUGAGGGACAAUUUCAUAGAUUGUAUAAACCGUCUCUAAAAUUACAUCACCAUUGUUAAUAGUACAUAUAAUAACGUCUUCCUAUUUUCCAAGAAUAUAUCAAGAUUUGACAAUGACACAGUCGAAAAGAUGAUCAUCUUCAUUACCUCCACCGAACCUAAUUUAAUUCCUGAUAUCCUUAACAAAAUUUUUAAUAUAAUUGAACCUAAAAAAACAACUAGCAAUCAAAUGAACUUCUUGGAGACUCUCGCAGAGAGAAGAAAGAAGAGACGUACGUAGAGUUUGAAGGGCUUUUCACUGCUUACGUUUUAAAUGAAUAUGAAAUGAAUUUGGAAUUUGAGUGGUCUUGCACAACAACCUGCAGGGAUAUCUAUUCGUGGAUUCAUCCCCGUUGCUACGAUAUCAAUGGACUAAAAUAUUGUACUAAACAUCCAUGCAAAGGCCUGAUUCAUGACUGCGGUUGGAUUGGUGGUGACGUGGACAUCUGCGAAUACAAUAAAGAUUAUUUAAAACGCUACAAUUAUGUACGAUCGUAUACUAACGGAUGGUAUGGAAAAUGGAGUCAAUGUGUUGCUGAGAACAUGUCGUACCACCAAGUGAACGGACGUCUCUGGCGUGGAUAUUCAUGUGAUACGUGUAUGUGUAGAUGUGAGGAAUCUUACGGUUCAUCUAGAGCCGUCAGAACCUUUAGUUUACGUCUCCAAAUAUCCAACAUUGAAGAAAACAAAGUUGUAUCAGAUGUUAAAUUUACCAUGAAAGAUAAAAUGAUUCACAUCCAGAUUGAAGAAACACCACUGCUGCUUCUUGGUCAGUUAACCAAGAAUGAGUCGUCUUGGGUACCUUUAGAAGAUUUUAUAUAUUUAUCCAAUAUCACUGGUGGAGGCUGGGUCCAAAUAAAAGACGGCAAAUAUAUCCCUAUGAUACGAGACACAGAUUUUGCAUUUAUUAGAAGAGAUCAAAGAGUAUUGAAUCUCGAUGAAAUAUCAGGUGGACCAAAUUUCGUUCUGACAGGUGUUAGGUUGCGUCAUGAAUCAGAAAAAUAUAGUGAUGAUGCAUCAGCAGGCAAUAUCAGCCCUCUUCAGUUAGAGAUUCAUGUCACGCCUUUUAAUUAUUCCGAUGGCAAAUUGAUGCCAACUGAAGAGAAUCCAUCAGUAUGGAUCACACCACUAACUCAGCCCAAAUUGCCGCCAGCAUAUAAGAAUCAAAGAAAAGAACUAAAAAUAGGAGAAAAAGUUUAUCGGUGGGAGAGUUCACCAAGUCUACCUAAUGUUAAACCUAAUCAGUAUAUUGAUUUCAAACAAUCUUCUAUUCAUUCUGAUGUUGGUCAGAGCACAAUACCUUUCAUGGACUCUCGACCUACUACACCUUCUAGUCCUAUAGCAUUUGAUGGACUUGGUCUCAUGUACAGAGGUCAUGAGAAAUUCGGAGGAUUUGUUCUUUUCAAAGCGAUGACCAUGGACUUGACCCAUUACAUGGAUUCAUCAAUGACUGUUAAUAUAAACAAGUAUUACCUUCAGUCUGUUCCAUCAAAUAGAGAACGAAUCUACAGUAAAUUUGAUAAUUAUAAUAAUGAUGACGCCUCGAUGUCUUCAGUUUAGUUCAUUAAAUAUAUUUUAGAAUUUUCUUCUUCUUAAUUCAACUUCGCCUUUUCCUUCAAUCUCUA